AUGGCUUCGCUGUACCAGAGGUUCACGGGCAAGAUCAACACCUCGCGCUCCUUCCCGGCGCCCCCCGAGGCCAGCCACCUCCUGGGCGGCCAGGGGCCGGAGGAGGACGGCGCGGGGCCCAAGCCCCUCGGAGCCCCGGCGGCCGCGGCGGCGCCCCGGGAGCGCGGCGGAGGCGGCAGCGGCGCGGGUGGCCGGCCCCGGUUCCAGUACCAGGCGCGGAGCGAUGGUGACGACGAGGACGAGCUGGUGGGGAGCAACCCUCCCCAAAGAAACUGGAAGGGCAUAGCGAUUGCACUCCUUGUGAUCCUGGUCAUCUGCUCCUUGAUUGUCACCUCGGUCAUACUGCUGACUCCAGCGGAAGAUAAUAGUCUGUCUCAAAAGAAGAAGGUCACAGUAGAAGAUCUCUUCAGUGAUGAUUUCAAAAUUCACGACCCUGAGGCUAAGUGGAUAAGUGAUAAAGAAUUCAUCUACAGAGAACAGAAAGGAAGUGUGAUCCUGCGGAAUGUUGAAACAAAUAUUUCUACAGUGUUAAUAGAAGGCAAAAAAAUUGAAUCAUUAAGAGCCAUCCGAUAUGAAAUAUCUCCAGAUAAGGAGUACGCUCUGUUUUCAUACAAUGUGGAGCCAAUAUACCAACACUCCUACACUGGAUAUUAUGUCCUGAGCAAAAUUCCUCAUGGGGAUCCUCAAAGUCUGGACCCACCGGAAGUGAGCAAUGCAAAACUUCAGUACGCAGGCUGGGGUCCUAAAGGCCAGCAGCUGAUAUUUAUCUUCGAAAACAAUAUCUACUACUGCGCGCACGUCGGGAAGCAGGCCAUCCGUGUGGUCUCGACUGGGAAGGAGGGCGUGAUCUACAACGGCCUCAGCGACUGGCUGUAUGAAGAGGAGAUUUUGAAGACUCACAUCGCCCACUGGUGGUCUCCGGAUGGCACGAGGCUCGCCUACGCCACCAUCAACGACUCCCGCGUGCCCAUCAUGGAGCUCCCAACCUACACUGGCUCCAUCUACCCCACGGUGAAGCCCUACCACUACCCCAAGGCUGGAUGUGAAAACCCCAGCAUUUCCCUGCACGUCAUUGGCUUAAAUGGACCCACCCACGAUCUGGAGAUGAUGCCACCCGAUGAUCCACGGAUGAGGGAGUACUACAUCACCAUGGUGAAGUGGGCCACCAGCACCAAGGUGGCCGUCAACUGGCUGAGCCGGGCGCAGAACGUGUCCAUCCUCACCCUCUGCGACGCCACCACUGGGGUCUGCACAAAGAAACACGAGGAUGAAAGCGAAGCCUGGCUCCACAGACAGAAUGAAGAACCAGUGUUCUCCAAGGAUGGCCGAAAGUUCUUCUUUGUCCGAGCCAUCCCACAGGGGGGACAAGGAAAAUUCUAUCACAUCACCGUGUCGUCAUCCCAGCCUAACAGCAGUAAUGACAACAUACAGUCCAUCACCUCCGGGGACUGGGACGUGACCAAGAUCCUGGCCUACGACGAGAAGCGGAAUAAGAUCUACUUCCUGAGCACAGAAGACCUGCCGAGGAGGAGACAGCUCUACAGCGCCAGCACGGUGGGCACCUUCAACAGGCAGUGCCUGUCCUGUGACCUGGUGGAGAACUGCACGUACUUCAGCGCGUCCUUCAGCCACAGCGCCGACUUCUUCCUGCUCAAGUGUGAAGGUCCUGGAGUCCCCACGGUGACAGUGCACAACACAACAGAUAAGAAAAAAAUGUUUGAUCUAGAAACAAACGAGCACGUACAGAAGGCCGUACAUGACCGACAGAUGCCUAAAGUAGAAUACAGGAAGAUCGAGGUUGAUGAUUACAACUUGCCCGUUCAGAUCCUCAAGCCAGCAACCUUCACCGACACGGCCCACUACCCCUUGCUCCUGGUGGUGGACGGCACCCCAGGGAGCCAGAGCGUGGCCGAGAAGUUCGAGGUGACCUGGGAGACGGUGCUGGUGAGCAGCCACGGAGCCGUGGUGGUGAAGUGCGACGGCCGCGGCAGUGGCUUCCAAGGCACCAAGCUCCUGCACGAAGUGGGGCGGAGGCUGGGCUCCCUGGAGGAGAAGGACCAGAUGGAGGCUGUGCGGAUGAUGCUGAAGGAGCAAUACAUUGACCAGGCACGUGUGGCCGUGUUUGGGAAGGAUUAUGGCGGGUACCUGAGCACUUACAUCCUCCCGGCAAAGGGGGAAAAUCAGGCUCAGGUUUUCACCUGUGGCUCUGCUCUCUCUCCAAUCACGGACUUCAAGCUCUACGCGUCUGCGUUUUCCGAGAGGUACUUGGGCCUCCACGGACUUGACAACAGAGCAUAUGAGAUGACCAAGGUGGCACACCGCGUGUCGGCGCUGGAAGAACAGCAGUUUCUGAUCAUUCACGCAACCGCGGACGAAAAAAUCCAUUUCCAGCACACGGCAGAACUCAUUACACAACUAAUUAAGGGGAAGGCUAAUUACAGUUUACAGAUCUACCCGGACGAAGGCCAUUACUUUCACAGCGCCUCCCUCCACCAGCACCUGUUCCGAUCCAUCAUCAGCUUCUUCGUGGAAUGCUUCCGCCUUCAGGACAAGCUGCCCACGGCCACAGCGAGAGAGGAGGAGGAGGAGGACUGAGCCGGAGCCAGCCCUGAGCGCCCCGGCGGGCGGGGGGGGGGGGCCCUCCUAGAACAGUGUGCAGCCGGGACCCUCCUCCCUCCCCCGCGGAGGCGGGGGCG